AAUAGCUAACGUAGUACCAAGACACAAAGUAUUCGCUUUCAGACACCAGCCUUAUAACACGCGCCCGGGGAAAUUAAGCUUUAAUUUUGAAAUUAUGGAACAUCAAGGGCACGAUACUACGGAAAUCAUCGGUAAAAUUCGAGUGGAACGGAGAAAGGCACAGAAGCCAAGAAUUGAGAAGUUAAGACGUGAUAGAAUAAAUGGUAGCUUGGACGAAAUUAAACACUUGGUGUUAGAAGCUCUCAACAAAGAUAUUUCUCGUUACUCAAAGAUGGAAAAAGCUGACAUUCUAGAGAUGGCUGUGCAGUUUCUGAAAGAAACCCAAGCAAGAAAAAGAAUGCAGCGAGUUAGAGUGGGGACCUCGGCACAAGGCUACAAAACCUCCGGUCUUUCCUCUGAUCGACCGAUCAGAUUAUUCCGCCAUUUUGAUUGCAUCAUCUCAUGUCCUUGGUUACCACCGCUGACCAAAGCAAUUGUGGUCACCAUACACGGAGCUCUAUGGUGGAAUGUUGAAGAUAAGGAAUAAGAUCACGAGUUGAGCUCGCAGCAGAACUUCAAGAUACUACUCCUCAAGAGAGGCAUUUGGUUGCACCUCCUCAGAUCCCCCAUCUUACGAAAGAAAAACUUCUCAUGGGAAUGACCACUGACGUAAACCCCAUUCAAGUGAUGUCACCUGUUGUGCCACCUUUCGCCUCAGCUCCCAUGGUUGCCAUGACAGCACCACCAACUAUUGUAUGGUUACCUUACCCGUCACCACCUCCCUCACCCACAGAGAAGUCCAACGAAGUUGCUGACUCCGUGAUUAAGCAGAGCUCUGUUAGCAGAAAGGAACCCACUCCGAUAGUAACGUCACUUAGCAACACAACAGUAUUACCCGUAUGGAGACCGUGGUGACAGACAAGCGCAUGAAUUAAAGAGAAUGCUUGAGACGAAAUUGUUUUAAGAGACAAAUGAAUUAAGACUCGAGAACGCUUACUACAACAAAUUUACUUGUCCACUUAUGGAAAAUGAUAACGCUAAAUUCUUUCGUGUAGCAUAAAAUUCCCACCCAGUCCGCAUUAAAGAAAAAUUAGUUCUGUA